UGUUUAUUCUAAUAUUUUUAGGUGGCGUGUAAAUAGUCCGAAUGAGGGUAUACUAGGUCAAAGAAAGCAAUACUAUAAUGGAAGAAGAAGAAGCACAAGAGGUGAGGAAAGUCUCUGGAGGAGGUGGUCUUGUAGAGGUAAGGGUAGGAACAUCUGAUCAAGAAAAUAUUAAUAUUAGCAUUAGUGAUCAAGCUGAGAGCCAAAAUAUAGAAGUCUUGGAAGGGGUUAGCUCCUUGCCUUCGGUUGUUGAUGAAGAUCAGUUUGAACAAGUAUGUUUAGGAGACCAAGAGAAGAACACCCGGGAAGAAAAUCAGGGUUUUGUGGAUUGUAACCGAUCUUCAAAUUCGGGAAGUAUGAGAAAUUCAAAUAGUGAGAUUGAGGAUGAUUUUGCAUCUGCCCAUGGGAAACUUGAGGCGGAGGUUGAUUCCCCAGUUGAUAAGCAACACGAACGACAUUAUUCGAGUCCAGGUCCUGAGAGAUAUGAGUCAUUUCAUGCUGUGCGACAAACAUUCUCUUCAACUAGUCUUGAUUUUGCCCCCGGUUAUUUUGGGGAUGUUGGGUACUCUCCUGUUGGUUCGCCUAGAAAGCCUAGGCCCAAACCUGUAAUGCCGAAUGUGUCCCCAGAGCUAUUGCAUCUAGUGGAUUCUGCUAUCAUGGGGAAGCCUGAAAGCUUAGACAAAUUGAAGAAUAUCGUCAGUGGUGCAGAGGUUUUUGGAAAUGGCGAAGAAACAGAGAGCAUUUCUUUAUUAGUAGUUGAUUCGCUACUUGCCACAAUGGGUGGUGUUGAAUCAUUUGAAGAUGACGGGCUUCACAAUCCUCCCAGUGUAAUGCUGAACUCCAGAGCUGCUAUCGUGGCUGGUGAGCUUAUUCCAUGGCUUCCAUGGGAAAGUGACAGUGAGAGUAUCAUGUCACCUAGGACAAGGAUGGUUAGAGGAUUGCUUGCUAUACUGCAGGCUUGCACUAGGAACAGAGCAAUGUGUUCUAUGGCUGGUCUGUUAGGAGUUCUUUUGGGGUCAGCUGAGAGAAUUUUUACUGAGGAAGUUGAUUCAUCUAAGCCGAUGAAAUGGGAUGGAACUCCUUUGUGCUAUUGCAUCCAAUAUUUGGCUGGACAUUCGCUUAGUGUAAUUGAUUUGCACAAGUGGUUUCAAGUAAUCAGGAGCACACUUACCACUGUAUGGGCAACCCCAUUAAUGCUUGCAAUGGAGAAGGCAAUGGUUGGGAAAGAGUCGAGGGGUCCAUCAUGUACAUUUGAGUUUGAUGGAGAAAGCUCUGGAUUGCUGGGUCCUGGAGAGAGCCGUUGGCCAUUCACUAGCGGAUAUGCAUUCGCGACAUGGAUAUAUGUCGAAUCAUUUGCAGACACACUAAAUGCAGCAACAGCAGCUGCUGCAAUAGCGGUUGCUGCUGCAGCCAAGUCAGGGAAAUCAUCGGCCAUGUCUGCUGCAGCUGCUGCCAGUGCACUUGCUGGUGAGGGAACAGCGCACAUGCCUCGGUUGUUCAGUUUCUUAUCUGCUGAUAACCAGGGGGUGGAGGCAUACUUCCAUGCUCAGUUUUUGGUGGUUGAAAGUGGUAGUGGAAGGGGAAAGAAGGCUUCCUUGCAUUUUACUCAUGUAUUCAAGCCACAAUGCUGGUAUUUUAUUGGUCUGGAGCAUACCUGCAAGCAUGGGUUACUUGGGAAAGCAGAGAGUGAGCUGAGAUUGUAUAUUGAUUGAGCCUUGUAUGAAACUCGGCCUUUUGAGUUUCCUCGGAUCUCAAGGCCACUUGCAUUUUGCUGCAUCGGGACAAACCCUCCUCCUACGAUGGCUGGUUUACAGAGACGUCGUCGUCAAUGCCCUUUGUUUGCUGAAAUGGGGCCUGUUUAUAUCUUUAAGGAACCGAUUGGACCAGAGAAGAUGACACGUUUGGCAUCUAGGGGAGGGGAUAUUUUACCUUCUUUCUGUAAUGGCGCAGGUUUACCUUGGCUAGCAACAAAUGAUCAUUUGCAAAGCAUGGCAGAAGAAAGUUCACUUCUGGAUGCAGAGAUUGCAGGAUGCAUUCACCUACUCUAUCAUCCCAAUUUGCUUAGUGGGCGUUUCUGCCCUGAUGCUUCCCCUUCUGGCUCUGCAGGUAUACUCAGAAGACCUGCAGAGGUUCUUGGGCAAGUACAUGUUGCUACAAGAAUGCGCCCGACGGAGGCUCUGUGGGCCUUGUCAUAUGGAGGGCCCAUGUCUUUACUGCCACUGGCAGUAUGCAACGUGCAUAAAGAUACCUUGGAACCUCAACAAGGGAGUCCUCCUUUGUCUGCUGCAACAGCUGCUCUUGCUGCUCCAAUAUUUAGAAUUAUAUCUGUGGCUAUUCAACACCCUAGAAACAAUGAAGAAUUGUGUUGAACAAGAGGGCCUGAGAUUUUGGCACGAAUCUUAGACUAUCUUUUACAAACAUUGUCCUCGCUUGAAAUUGGAAAGCGUGAGGGAGUAGGAGAUGAGGAACUCGUUGCAGCAAUUGUGUCUCUUUGUCAGUCUCAGAAAAGUAACCAUGCUCUGAAAGUGAAGCUUUUUAGCAUGCUUCUAUUGGAUCUGAAAAUUUGGAGCUUAUGCAACUAUGGACUGCAAAAGAAGCUUCUAUCCUCACUUGCAGAUAUGGUUUUUACAGAGUCAUUAGUAAUGCGGGAUGCUAAUGCCAUCCAGAUGCUUCUUGAUGGCUGCAGGAGAUGCUACUGGACCAUUCGUGAAAAGGACUCUCUGAGUACAUUUUCUCUAGAUGAGGCAACACGUCCUGUUGGAGAAGUGAAUGCUUUGGUUGAUGAACUCUUAGUGGUAAUCGAACUCCUAGUUCUAGCAGCAGCUCCGUCAUUGGCUGUUGAAGAUGUUCGCUGAUUACUUCGGUUCAUGGUUGACUGCCCACAGCCCAAUCAGGUAAAAUACUUAAUCUGAAUAGAUGUGAGCAUGAUCCAGGACCAGUUUCGGAGCUUCCAGUUUCAUGAAUACGAAGAUUAAGGACUGAAAUUUACACAACUAACUGUACAAAUUGCCACAAUUGCAGAUUCAUCAUAGAGUAAUGAAGUAUUCUUUAAUAGGAAUUCCAAGAAGUAUGUGGUUUCAGUUGCA